UCACCGCCUUGCUCAUUUCCAUGCAGCGGUCCAGCGCUCCCGUCCGGCGCUCUCGAGCUGUAGACGGAGUUCAGCGGAACGGGUGAACGUUUCGGGAGAGGAGCAUCGAGGAUCGUCCAUUCGGAUACUUAAAUACGGACAUUUUUCAUUCUGCGAAGGAAAUGAAAUUCUUCUUUUAAAGGUGCCCUUAAUCAUAUCACCGAAGAUGACGGUGGAUUUUGAAGACUGCAUUAAGGACUCACCCCGCUUUAGGGCAAAUAUCGAUGAGGUGGAGUCUGAGGUGGUUGAGAUCGAAGCUAAACUUGACAAGCUGGUGAAGCUAUGCAGCGGGAUGAUAGAGGCGGGCAAGGCCUACGUCAACGCCAACAAGCUCUUCGUCAACGGGAUCCGGGACCUGUCCCAGCAGUGCAAGAAGGACGAGAUGAUCUCGGAGUGCCUGGAAAAGUGCGGGGAGAGCCUCCAAGAAAUUGUCAACUACCACAUGAUUCUCUUUGAUCAAGCCCAGAGGUCUGUGAAGCAGCAGCUGCACAACUUUGUGAAGGAGGACGUGCGCAAGUUCAAGGAGACCAAGAAGCACUUUGACCGCGUGCGCGAGGACCUGGAGCUGGCCCAGGUGAAGAACGCCCAGGCCCCCCGCAACAAGCCCCACGAGGUGGAGGAGGCCACCAGCACGCUCAGCAUCACCCGCAAGUGCUUCAGACACCUGGCGCUGGACUACGUCCUACAGAUCAAUGUCCUCAAGGCUAAGAAGAAAUUUGAAAUCCUAGAUGCUAUGCUGUCCUUUAUGCACGCCCAGUACUCCCUGUUCCAGCAGGGCUACAACCUCCUGGAUGCCAUCGAUCCAUACAUGAAGAAGCUGGCUGCUGAGCUGGAUCAGCUGGUCAUCGACUCGGCUAUGGAGAAGAGAGACAUGGAACACAAACACGCGACCAUACAGCAACGAACACUCCUGCAGGAUUUCUCCUAUGAAGACUCCAAGGCAGAGUUCAACGUGGACGCUCCCAAUGGCGUGGUGAUGGAGGGCUACCUGUUCAAGAGGGCCAGCAAUGCGUUCAAGACGUGGAACAGGCGAUGGUUCUCCAUACAAAACAGUCAGCUGGUCUACCAGAAGAGGCUCAAGGAUUCUCUGACGGUGGUGGUGGAGGACCUCCGGCUGUGCUCUGUCAAACCCUGUGAGGACAUCGAGAGGAGGUUCUGCUUCGAGGUCCUUUCACCCAGCAAGAGCUGCAUGCUGCAGGCUGAGUCUGAGAAGCUGCGGCAGGCCUGGAUCCAGGCUGUCCAAGCCAGCAUCGCCUCCGCCUACAGGGAGAGCCCGGACACCUAUUACAUAGAGCGUCUGGAGAGGACCGCCUCCCCGUCCACCAGCAGCAUCGACUCGGCCAGCGAGCCGCGGGACCGCCUGCUGCGCGGGGAGACCAUCCUGCAGAGGAUCCAGGGUCUGCCCGGCAACGGCCAGUGCUGCGACUGCGGCCACUCGGAGCCCGGCUGGGCCUCCAUCAACCUGGGAGUCCUGCUGUGCAUCGAGUGCUCCGGCAUCCACAGGAGUCUAGGAGUUCACUGUUCAAAGGUGCGUUCCCUCACGCUAGACUCCUGGGAACCAGAGUUACUGAAGUUGAUGUGUGAGCUGGGCAACAGUGUGAUCAACCACAUCUAUGAAGGUUCAUACCAGCAGAUGGGUCUGAAGAAGCCCUUACCGACCAGCUCAAGGCAGGAGAAGGAGGCCUGGAUCAAGGCCAAGUACGUGGAGAAGAAGUUCCUGAAGAAGCUGGGCUGCACGCAGAUCCUGAUCAACGGCGAGCGCAAACACGAACGCCGCUGGAGCGUCAAGAAGUGCCGGCGGCACCACAGCGCCACCACGGUUCCCAAGGCCCGCCGGAGGUACAGGCGAGAGCUGGGCAGCGUCUCCGCCGCCACCCUCUCCUCAGCUGCUGCCAAGUUCAGGCGAGAAUCCCUCUUCUGUCCUGAUGAGCUGGACUCACUGUUCUCCUACUUUGAUACGGGCUCCGGUCCUCGAAGUCCUGCAGGUCUGAGCAGUGACAGCGGGCUGGGUGGCAGCACCGACGGCAGCUCGGACAUCCUGGUGUUCGGCUCGGUGGUGGACAGCGUCACGGAGGAGGAGUGCGAGGCGUCGGAGGACUCGAGCGGGGAGGCGGAGUUGGAGGCGGAGCUGGAGGCGGAGCCGGAGACGUCAGACCUGGAGGACCUGAGGGAGCUCCACCCCGGGGCCCUGCUCUACAGGGCCUCCAGGGCCCGCAACCUGCCCGUCAUGGCCGAGGCGCUGGCGCACGGGGCCGACGUCAACGCCGCCAGUGGGGAGGACGAGGGGAAGACGCCCCUCAUCCAGGCCGUGGCGGGGGGCUCACUUUUAGCCUGCGAGUUCCUGCUGCAGAACGCCGCUGACGUCAACCAGAGAGACGCCCGGGGGAGGGGUCCCCUGCACCACGCCACCUCCCUGGGACACACAGGGCAGGUGUGUUUGUUCCUGAAGAGGGGCGCCACGCAGACGGACGGAGACGACGACGGCCAGGACCCUCUGAGCAUCGCCGUGCAGCAGGCCAACGCUGACAUCGUCACCCUGCUGCGUCUGGCCAGGAUGAACGAGGAGAUGCGGGAGUCGGAGGGUCCGUUCGGCCAGCCAGGCGACGCCACAUAUCUGGACAUCUUCCGAGAGUUCUCCCACAUGGCCUCACACAACCCUGAGAAGCUGAAGCGCAGGAGUGUUCACUUCCGCCACUCCUUCCGCUAGGCGGACUGCACGUUAGACGGAGGAGAAGAUCACAAGAACCCAACGGCUGACGGAAGUGAACUCAUACUUGAAGAAAGAAAGUGCAUCCGCCACCUCUUUGCUGAAUUUACAUUGUGUCAUACCACUAGUUCUGGUGAAUGUCACCACGCGUACACGCACGCAUACACACACACAGACACACACACACACACACGCAUCCUAUUAGUUAAAAUACAGUUGAGUCUCUCAGAGCAAAAUACUCUAUAAAAUAUUUCCAGUAAUGAUGACCACUUGUCAACGCUGUUUAUGAUAGGCAGGCGUUGAGAAUAUUUCAUAUAAUAAUUCAUGUUAUUAUAUUCUCAUCCAUUUACCCUAUAGUUCCCGAUGUUAUUAUACCAACAAUGCUCCAAAGACAUUAUAAAUCUGUGAUCUGUGAAUUAGCUUGAGUGGGAGGAACAGAUUGGAGUGAGUGUUUGUGGAUGCGUUGAAUGGGAAGUUGCUGCUGCGCUGCUGAAUAUGUUCCAGUCCCUGUCCUCAUGUGUCCUGUAUUUCAAUACUUUGUGUGUUUUAUCAUGAGGGUUGGCUGGUCCCUGCCUCGUUUAAUUAUGUAGACAUAUUUGUACUGUAUUUGUAUUGUAACCCAAGCACUUGUUUGGCAGUUGUUUGACUCUGUAUUUGAUGUUUGCUGCACAGAGCAUCAUGUCUGCUGUGGUCGUGUCAUACUCAUUAAGGAAUUUCAUAAUUAUUUUCCAUGCAUGCAUUUUAUCUCAUUUCAUAAUCAAAUUUGAACUCAGUUGGAGCCUUUCUGUUGUUCAACAGUUAUAUUAUAGGAAUGUAUCACUAGUUAAGAAGAUCAACAACUCUUCAUAUAAUCAGUGCUAAACCUCUUCUUGGUCCCAUGAUUUGGUCCUUGUCCAUGGCUAUGCUGGUAUAGUCUGGUCUUAAUCAUGAUUUGUUCAAAUGUGCUACAAUCUAUAUUUCUCUGUAGAUUUCAUAAUGUUAUGAUUCAAGUCAUUGAAAUGCUGAUAUUGCUGUGUAAAAUGCUGUAUAGGCAUAUAUGCUAAUACAUCAACAAAAUGCUAUUUGAACAGGAAAUGUUACUUUGUCCUCGUUGUUUUGUGAAAAUAAAGAUGAACUCUUUUAA